AUGGAUAUAAAAUGGCAUUAUGCUGCGAUGUUUGUCAUGACUAUUGCUGUCAAUGCUAUUAUGUGCACAUUGUUAACGGAGUUUGUUUUUAGGUACAUGUUGAUAUGCAAGUAAGAUUUAAAACUAAUUUUAAAGUACCUUAUACCGAUAGUUAUCGGUUUAUUUUGUAUUUUUUUAUAGUAGUAUGUAUGGAAAGCCGAAAAAAGUGCUUGAAACACCAUGCCAAAUUUGCCGAAUUGAUAGGAAACCCAAAUAUUUUAAAUUCAAAACUCAAAAGUGCGAGUUAAAAUUUUUUAUGGGUGCUAAUGGUGGUACAAAGAAUUCAUAUAGAAACUUUGAGCUGAUUCAUGAUAUAUCACUUAUAUAUCACGUUUCAGAGGCUAUACCUUGACGAACUGGAACAUUGUACUGAUGAUAUUAUCCAGCAUAAUUGUCUUAACAUUAAGUACUGGUCACGACGUCAAAGCGAUGAAAGAAAUCACAGAAAAGAUGACGGAACAGCAAAUUAAUGCCAUUUUCGAUAAAAGUGUUUGGAGGAUCAGCGGCCAAUCAAUGAAGAGCAUGCUGCUUCAAAAGGUGAGGUUCUGUAUAAUAAUUUAG